AUGGACCGACAAUGGAUGUACGACGAUCGGUACACCAUGGCGUGGAUUAAUGGUCUAAAGUCUUUUCUCGAUGCUUCGGAGGCCCACAAGUCAUCGAAAGGUUUUAUGUGUUGUCCGUGCCGCAUUUGCCAAAAUAAAAAGGAAUACUCUAAGAGGAGCACUCUACACGCCCACAUUUAUGAAAAGAGUUUCAUGGAUAACUAUACUCUUUGGACCAAGCACGGUGAACCUGGAGUUGUGAUGCAAGAUGAUGAAGAAGAUGAUGAUCAUAAUAUUGCAGACUGGGCUCAUCUAUAUGAAGCGGGAGCCUUUGAAGAUGAACCCAUGGACGAUACUGAAGAAAUGGACGAGGCUGGAGAAAAUGCAGCAGAAGACCAACCACCUGAUGAAUUAGGUCAGGUUCUUGUGGAUUCACAAAGAGACUGUGAAACUUUAAAGGAGUCAAAGAAGUUUGAGAAGUUGUUGGAGGAUCACAAAAAAUUAUUGUAUCCAGAUUGCAAGCAGGGGCUUAAAAAGUUGUGUACCACCCUUGAAAUGCUGCAGUGGAAGUCAGCUAAUGGUGUCACCGAUAAGGGAUUUGAGGAGCUACUUGGAAUCGUAAAGAACAUGCUUCCAGAGGGAAAUGAACUGCCCUCCACAACAUACGAAGCAAAGAAGGUUGUUUGCCCUCUUGGAUUGGAGGUACAGAAAAUUCAUGCAUGUCCUAACGAUUGUAUCCUCUAUCGAGGCAAAGAAUAUGAGAAACUGGAUGCUUGUCCUGUCUGUGAUGCAAAACGGUACAAGAUCAGGCAAAAUGAUCCUGGUGAGGUCGACGGGGAGCUCGUCAAGAAAAAAGUUCCCGCUAAGGUGAUGUGGUAUUUCCCAGUAAUACCACGUUUGAAACGCUUUUUUAGAAAUAAAUCCAAUGCUAAAUUGAUACGGUGGCACAAAGAAGAGCGUAAGCAAGAUCAGAUGCUGGGACACCCUGCGGAUGGGUCCCAGUGGAGAAACAUGGAUAGAGAUUUCCCAGAUUUUCAUAACGACCCAAGGAACUUAAGGAAGGUCGUGUACAUGGGUCAUCGUCGAUUCCUUCCCCUCAACCACCCCUUAAGAAGAAAAGGAAAACAUUUCAAAGGGGAACCAGAAACUCGUGCUAAGCCUAUAUUCCGAAACGGGAAGCGUGUUUUCUCGAUGGUGAAGGAUGUCCAUGUCGUGUUUGGAAAGGGCCGUGGAAGCAAACAAGUUUCGAAUGAUGAAAACGGCCAUGCCCCAAUGUGGAAGAAGAAGUCCAUACUAUGGGAGCUCCCAUAUUGGGAUGUCCUGGAGGUCCGCAACGCAAUCGAUGUGAUGCACUUGAUGAAGAAUCUUUGCGUGAACCUGCUAGGAUUCCUUGGUACGUAUGGGCAGUCAAAAGAUACACUAGAAGCAAGACGUGAUUUGAAAGAAACAAAACAACGAGAA